AUGUCUUCUAAUGAAGAUGACGACCCGCAACUUGCAGCUGCCUUGUUACUGUCGAUACAAGAGCAACAACACAGUCCGAGUGACCGUAAACAAAAGACUGCUGAAGAUAUUGUCGACCUGACAGGUGACUCAGACAAUGAACGUCAAAGUCAAAAGAAUAACAUGAUCAAUCUCGAUGAAGAGGAGGAAGAGGAAGACGACGACCUUAAGAGAGCCAUUGCUCUGUCAAUGCAGCAAUCGAGGGUUUCCGAAGAGCCAAAGGAGACGUCUGAUACUCCGGGGGAGGCUGAAACCAUCCAAGCCAUUGCCAUUACAAACAAACAAAACGAACAACCGUCAAACGCAUUCAGUAUACUAGGACUCGACCGCAAGAAAUUAGAGCAAGAGCGACUCGCGCGUAUCGCAAAGCGAAAAGCAGAGCAAAGUAUUUCGCCUCCGCCUUUGAGCCGGGAACGGAAAGCCGCAAAAUAUACCGUUGUGUCUCCUGAAGAUGUGACGACAAAACCAUUAGUUUCGCUGCAGCCAUCGAGCUCUCAAAUGAAUCCAGCGACACCGACUAAUGGAGAAAAGAAGCAAGUACCUUCCACUUCACCAUCUUCUACACCGUCUAUUCAGUUUCCCAAGGGUACCGUAAAGAAAACUUGGGUAUUUGGCUGUCCACGAAAGGGAGAUGAUAUAAAAAUCGAGGAGGUCUUGCAAUGCUCAGACCUCGAGCUGGCUGUUCUAAGUGCCUUUCAGUUUGACAUUGAAUGGCUGUUCGCAAAGUUCCAGACGAGCAAAACAAGGUUAAUGCUGAUGAUGCAAGCAAAAGAUGAAAUGACAAAACACCAGUACGAAGCAGACACGGCUGGCAUGUCCCGUAUACGGUUAUGCUUCCCCCCAAUGGACGGGCAAGUUAACUGUAUGCAUUCAAAGCUCAUGCUCUUGUUCCAUCCAAACUACCUAAGAAUUGUCAUCCCGAGUGCCAACUUGGUUCCUUAUGACUGGGGAGAAACGGGUGGAGUCAUGGAAAACACCACCUUCCUCAUAGAUCUACCAAAAAAGCUAGAAACACAUAGCGAAACUUCGCAGACAGCUUUCUACGAAGACCUCGUCUAUUUCCUCAAAGCUAGCACACUGCACCAAAACCUAAUCGACAAGCUGUCUAACUUUGACUUUGCAGAAACAGCUCGCUACGCAUUUGUCCACACCAUUGGGGGGUCUCACUCUGGUGACACCUGGCGGAGGACAGGGUAUUGUGGCCUGGGGACAGCUGUGAACGCUCUCGGCCUAAGAGCACACUCACCAAUCAAUGUUGAUUUUGUCACAUCCUCCCUUGGCUCUCUAACCGAUGAGUUCUUGCGGUCAAUAUACUUGUCUGCUCAAGGUGACGACGGCCUAAUCGAAUACACCCUCCGAACAAACAAAUCCUUCCCCGCCAAAACCCGAGCUGAUCCUCCCACCGUCGUUCAAAAGACAGCAGGCUCAGACUGGAAAGACCGGUUUCGCGUUUACUACCCAUCUCAGGAGAUAGUCAACCAGUCACGCGGCGGUCCGCAGUGUGCGGGGACUAUUUGCUUUCAAGAGAAAUGGUUCAAUGGGCCGAAAUUUCCGAAGCAUGUUUUGCAUGACUGUAUUAGUCAAAGGGAUGGGGUUUUGAUGCAUAACAAGAUGCUCUUUGCUCGUCCUGAAACUCCGAUCAAGCUCUCUGAUGGAUCUACAUGCGCAGCUUGGGCGUAUGUUGGCAGUGCAAACUUAUCGGAAAGUGCAUGGGGCCGACUCGUCCAAGACCGCGGUACAAAGGAACCAAAAUUAAACUGUCGGAACUGGGAAUGCGGCGUUAUCGUGCCAGUCAUCCAAGAAGACUCGACAGAAAAGGAAGAAGACACUGAAAAAGUGGACAACAACGGAGAUAUGGCGCGCAUCUUUGGUUCUGGUGUCGUCCCCGUGCCAAUGCGUAUCCCUGCGCCGUCGUUUGCUGCAGAGCAUGAUCGAAAACCCUGGUAUGGUGCGUGGUAA